UCUCUCUUAGCGUUUGGUAUGAGAACUAUUUCGUUGCCAUGAUGAUGUAGCCAGCGAUUUGGUGGUGGUUCCUCACAUUUGUGUACGUUCUCAGGCCAGAAGAAGCGGCAGCAAUGGAGGGCACGCAAUGGAAGGGAUCGGUCCACAGGAUCAGGAAGUGCGUGGUGGAUCUCCUGUCGAUGGAGGACGAUCUGGUGGACGACGACGACGAGGAUGCGUGGGAGCUGAUGGGUAGCGACCUUCGCCUCAAGUCUACCUUCUUGUACUGUGAUCUCAACCAGGUGAUCUCCCACGCUAGAGAAGAGCGGAAGAAGGUUCUCACCGACCUCGCCAACAAGCUCUUCUACUACAUGGAGCAGCUGGAUCAUGCUGUCAGGAUCCGGAGCAUGUCUUUGACGCAGGUCUGCUACAACGACACAGCCAAUGUGUUACAGGAGGUGAUGGCCGCUCUCAUGCCCCUUCGGUAGCUCGAUCACCGAAGGAAGACUGAAGUCCACAUUCUUUCGUCACAAAAAGUUGAAGCUACGCCAUGCACGACCAAAACUGUUGGUCGUUAGCAGUCUCUGCUGCAUGCAUGACUAAAACUUUGGCAGAGUUUUCUUCGUUUCUCAACUUUGUGUACAUUGAAGCCUUCGGAUUAGC